GUCACUUCGGAGCCCCUCCCUGCUUCGUUACAUGUGAACCCAAGCCCUGUUGCGGUUCAAGUUGUAGAACUGGACAAACAGGUCGAGCUUACGCGUCUCUAUUUAAAGCAGCUGGAACGUUCCUAUUUAAGGCAGGGACAGAAAGUUAGACGCCAAACAACAACCAGGCGGGAAACCAAGCAACCUUCCCCGGCCAACAGCCUGUCAUCAUCGGAUUCAAAACCCGGAAAUUAACCGCCACACCAACUCUUGACAGAAGCGAAAACUCAGCGAAAAUGAUGACCCAGCUCCCCGAGACACCCGCCCAGAAAAACUCUCUUUUCAACGCCAUGAACCGCUUCCUCGGAGCAGUCAACAACAUGGACCGGACGGUCAUGGUGCCCAGCCUGCUGCGGGACGUGCCGCUGUGUGACGACGCUGAGCUAUACGGCCACAAGUCGGACGUGGACAUGUACAGCUACUACCAGCUGCUCAAGUCCAUCCGGCAGGACAUCGAGUGGGGCUUGAGGGUCUCCCCGGUUGUCAAGGAGACGCCGCCGCGGCUGUCCCGCAUCAACUCCAUCGCCUCCACGGGCUCGUCGUCAUCCUUCGGCUCGUCACUGUCCUCGGCUUCGUCAGAAGAUGACGAAUAUGAGGAGGAGGAGGAGGAUGAGGAUCUGCAGAAGCAGUUCCAGUUCCACCUUGCUGGGCUCCAAGGCGUCCUGGGCAAGCUCACCACGCAGGCCAACUCCCUCACUAAGCGCUACAAGCAGUCGAUUGGACUCUAAAAGCAGGGGCCAUUUCAAGACCUUUGAGGGCCACUAAAGUUACGAUGGAACAAAUGUUUGUUCCAUUAUAUCAUGAGCAUUUGUGGGUUAAAUGUUUUGUGGGGCUUUCCUCUGAGGGUUUUAAAGUUGCAACACCUGAAGGACCAUCCGUAUUGUUAAAUUUGAACUUGGAAGCUGGCUGAAGUGAAGUAACCCACGAGAAGGGACGAUGGAAAAGAUGACGGCCUUACAAGUGCAUCGGGUGGGGGCCUACUGGAUUUAUAGGAUGUGUUAGUAUGACUCAAUGCCUUAACAAUUCUUUUUGCACUCCUGGGCAUUGAGUUUUUACUUUUGAUUUGCAGGUGAAACAUAUUUAAAACUUGUAUUUAAUGUGUAAUUUAUUACCUCAAUGCAUGUGCGCAUGUGAAUGUUUCAGAUGAUUGUGCGUAUAUGAGCAUGCAACUUCCCUGCUGUGAUGUCUUAAAACUAAGGAAGGAGGCAUGUGCUUUAAAAACUGCCUGUGAUUUCCACAUUUCAAACUUUGGUCAAUGUACUGGAAUUAAUUGAUCGUUCUGCUUUGAGAACAAUGACGAAUUCCAUGAGAUCACUAUGUUUCAAAACUCUGACAAAAUAUGUGCCUAAAAAGAUGUAUUCUUUGCACUGUUUUCUACUGAUAUUUCAAAUGUAAAAAUAAAGUUUUGUAUUGUAUGACCUAAUU